AUGGAGCAUAUCGCCAGGUUUUUCUUCGGAGUUUCUGGGAAUGUCAUUGCGCUCUUCCUCUUCCUGUCGCCUGUUGUCACCUUCUGGAGGAUCAUCAGGAAGCGGUCGACGGAGGACUUCUCCGGCGUGCCCUACAACAUGACGCUGCUCAACUGCCUCCUAUCAGCUUGGUACGGCCUGCCGUUCGUGUCCCCGAACAACAUCCUGGUGUCGACGAUCAACGGGACGGGGUCGGUGAUCGAGGCCAUCUACGUGGUGAUCUUCCUCAUCUUCGCGGUGGACCGGCGGGCCAGGCUCCGCAUGCUGGGCCUCCUCAGCAUCGUCGCCUCCAUCUUCACCACCGUGGUGCUCGUCUCGCUGCUGGCCCUCCAUGGCAACGCCCGCAAGGUCUUCUGCGGCCUCGCCGCCACCAUCUUCUCCAUCUGCAUGUACGCAUCGCCGCUCUCCAUCAUGAGGUUGGUGAUCAAGACGAAGAGCGUGGAGUUCAUGCCGUUCCUGCUCUCCCUGGCCGUGUUCCUGUGCGGCACCUCCUGGUUCAUCUACGGCCUCCUCGGCCGCGACCCCUUCAUCAUUUUUCAUGCAGUCCAAAUAUGCCCGUUACUAACGCAGCCACCGCCGCUGCAACCGCGCUGUCUGUGCGUGCGUGCAGAUCCCGAACGGGUGCGGGAGCUUCCUGGGCCUGGUGCAGCUCAUCCUGUACUUCAUCUACCGGAAAAACAAGGGCCCCGCCGCGCCGGCCGGCAAGGAGAGGCCGCUGCUGCCGCGGACGUCGAGGACGCGAAGAAGGUGGCCGCUGCCGUGGAGCUGGCCGACGCCACGACCAACAAGGCCGCCGCCGACACCGUCGUCGGCGACAGCAAGGUCGUCGCCAGCCAGGUGUAG